UUUAAGUUUGGACAGGCGUCCAUUCCCGUCCAUACUUUUAAAAAACAAAAAACACCUUCUUCGCUCUUCUUCUGCUUCUUCUUCUUCUGCUUCUUCACUCCACUCCAUCCCUGUAACACCUCAAAUCCAUUUUGCAGCAAUCAGAAAUACCUUGACAUCUUACUGAACUUCAUAAAAUAUAUAUUAAUCAUGAAUCACCUACAGCUCAGCUGUGACUUUUUCAUUCUUUCAUUUGACAGGCCCGUUGAACAAGUCUAUAUUUUUUGAACUUUUUACUUCUUGUAGAUUUCAAAAUUUUCAUGAAUUCGAAAGGAGAACAUGAAAGUGUUUUAUCCCAUAUAAAUUUAUAGGAAAUGGUGAAAGAAAACAAGCUGAUAUUGACAUUUGAUCCAACGAUUAAAGCUCGUUUUGGUGUACUUCCACGGUGUGCAAAGGAUGAGGUUCAAAUCAGGUUUGAGCUUCCAAACUGCUUCAUAGUCCAUAAUGCUAAUGCUUGGGAGGAGGAGGAUGAAGUUGUUUUGAUCACUUGCCGCAAAAAUGGGUUUGGGUGGAGGCCAUGUUUGUAUUAUGCUAGAGGGUACUGCAAAAAUGGAAGUAGUUGCAGAUUUAUUCAUGGGGAUUCAGGUGCUAUGAUGAGUUCAGAUGGUGCGCCGUUAGUGGGUUCACCUAGCAAGAUUGAGACCAUGGACCAGUGCCAUGAGAUUCUUAGAUCUAAGUCUGCAGCUCAAGUUCAGCAACGGGCCUGUCAAAGGAAAGAAUGAAAAAGUCACAGCUGAGCUGUAGGUGAUCCAUGAUUAAUAUAUAUUUUCUGAAGUUCAGUAAGAUGUUAAGGUAUUUUUGAUUGCUGCAAAAUGGAUUUGAGGUGUUAU